UGUUGCAACAGGAUUGAUUCUGCAUUUACUUUUGCAUAAUGCACCGGUUCAGUGACAUCAUGAUUCACGGGGACAAUUCUACAGCGCAAUGGCGGCCUCAACUUUCAAGCAAGCUUGCCCAAGGCCAAUUCCAAUUCUGCCACAAAUCCGCAGCAUUGGUUGUCUCUCCCCCGUGAGUACGCUGUGGGUAGGUUCCUCCACUCAGCUGCAACCUUGAUUCCGGUGACCAAGACGGCUUGUUCUUAUGUGCUCGGAUUGCACCAUAUACAGCCACCCCAGCACCUUCAGAACCCCAUCCAGAUUACUUUGAGCAAGAAAACCUGGGUUUUCGGCCUCCAAUUGACUGACGCCCCACUUCCCUGAAAGCUGAGGAGAAUGCUGGGUUUUUCUCGGCAUGAUGUGAAGGUGGCAGCAUUGGCAAUUGUGAUGAUGCUGGUCAUGCCCGGUCUGCAGCCCACCCCGCGGGUUCCCGACACAUCCUACAGGGCCAACCCCAGCACACUACAGCAGCAUGUGGAGUACUUUGACAGGAACCGUGACGGGGUCAUCAGCCUGCCUGAGACUUUUGAAAGCCUCAACCGGUUGGGUUUUAACUGGUGGGGCAACUUUUACCGAGCCCCAUUCAUCAAUUGGGGCCUGACGAUGGGGCUAUAUGUCAAAGGGUUCCCUCCUCUUAGCUUGUCGUCGCUCAUCUCUCCGGCCUUCUGGAACCACCUUCUGUCGUUCGACUUCCAGUUGCGGGUCCCCAUCCAGACCAUCCACCAGACGAUCCACCCCAGCGACUCGGGCGUGUACGACAAGAACGGGCAGUUCAAUGAAGCGAAGUUCGAGCGGCUGAUGUCGUUCGACAAGGCCGGCAAAGGCGGCAUCAAUCGGUGCGAAAUGACCCGCUUCAUCAAGGCAAACAACAACCCUCCAGACGUACCCGGCAAUAUCGGUUCCAAAUUCGAGUGGUUCAAUGUGUUCGAGAUCCUGCACGACGACAAAGGCGUCAUGAGCAGGGAGAAACUCCUCAAGAUGUACAACGGGUCCGUGUUUGAGGAGAUCGAGCGCGCGGUCGCUGCUAAGAAGGGCAUCCAGACCGUGAGGACCUCCGCAAUGAAGAACGAUGCUUAGAGGCUGGCAUUUCUGUGGUCGUACAACCAUAACUUAUGAGGGGUUGCCGGCCGUCCAUCCUGUAUGCAGCAUUCAUCUCUCUUGAAUCUAGAGCCGAGGCAAACUGGUUUUUCAUGGGCCUCAAUGUUACGAACUACAUAGUAUGUUCGCUAAAACAAUCUGCACGAUUAUUAAGUAGAUGACACUCCUGAAGAAUGUUUAUGCUGAUUGGAUAUCGUGAAGACUGACCUUAGGUCUGCAGAUUACUUUGUACUAGCUCAAACUGGAAAGGUUGAACUGUAUACUGUAGUUGGCCGGUUUAAGCUCCUUAAGCCUGCGUGCACCACAUUGUAGCCACAAAAAAUCUAACCAGCAGCAGCCAAUGAACCACGUGGUUCAAACUUGCCAUCUUCAUGUUUAAGAUAUACCUAGGUAGUACAUACACACGUCCAUUAGUCGGAAU